AUGGAGAGCCACGACUCCUGGGACUUGGUAGAAGCUAUCUUCCAGCCGUUGGUCUUUGCAUCAAUUUACUUCUACAUCGUCUUUUUCUUUGUUCAUAUGCUUACCUGCCUUGGACUCAGUGCACAAAUCUACUAUAUGGGCACCGUCAGGAUUGAUGGUGGUGUUUUCAAAAGAACAUUCCUAGUUUGCAAGUCAGAUAUAUUCACCUGUGCAAGACCAACUCAUCCGACCAGAAUAGCUCUUCUUACUGUGGGAAUCGUAGUCAAUCUAGCAUUGAGUAUUUUAGGACUUGUGACCCAACCGAUGGACUUUGCCUCCUAUCUUCUUGCCAUCAUGAUUGUUAACAUGCUGUUAUAUCUUUCAUUCUACUUUAUUAUGAAACUUAUUUGUCGAGAGAAGAUCCUCCUGGUUGUUAGUAUUCUAAUAACACUGACGCUCUUUCUUUGGGGAGCAGCUCUUUAUUUCUUCCAGAUCAAGAACACAGGCUGGCAGUAUUCAGCAGCUCAAUCCAGGGAACUUAACGCUGACUGUACCAUUAUGGGUUUCUUUGAUGGACACGACACAUGGCACUUCAUCUCAGCGUUAGGUCUCUUUGUUUCCUUCGUGGGUGUUCUUCUUCUUGAUGAUGAUCUGGACCAGACGCCAAGAAACAAGAUCCGGGUUUUCUAACUCCAGCUACUAAAACCAUUAACCAAAGAUGGGGAGUAGUUAUGCAAACCUUUUAAGUACAUGUAUUGGAAUACUAUGAAUGGCCUGAUAGGUUUAUAAAGGCCACCGCACACCUUGUUACUGGUCUUCAUUCCGAUUUUGAAACACAUCGCAUUUAGCUAAUUUUCUGAAAAUGUGAAUAAAAAGCAUCUUUUUAUUCGAUGUUCAGGUUUGAUAACUGAGAGAACACUCAUAUAACAAUUUUGGAUGAUUGCAAGUCUUUUUUUUUGGUAAUGACCUAAUUACUUUCAACCGUAGCCAAUCGUAUGAUUGCUAUGACGUCAUUACGACUAGAUAUUCGCUUUUAUUCUUAUAGGGAUAAUAGCAUAGUCACAAAUUUUGAUAUAGGUAUGUGUACAAUGAUUUAGAACAUUACACAGUAAGAUAUUCCAUUCUCAAUAUUGGCAUCAUAUUUUACUACAAUUUAUUCUGAAAUCGGGUCGCAGACUAAUCGUAAGGUGUGUGGUGGCCUUUAGACACUUAGAAACAAUAUUGGUGUCUCCUUCCUCCAUCUACCAGAUUUACACCCCAAAGUGGAGAGAAGUGAUGCAGGCGAAAAUUGAUGAUACACUUUCCAGGGCUACUGUUUUACCUCACCAGACUGAAUAGUGCUACACUCUAUUGGCUCACAUUGGACCAUUUUGGAAUUUCAGGGGCCCUCUUUUAGUUUUCCGGGGGUCGGGGGGGGGGGGCAACUUGGGGUUGAAAGAGCCCAGAGGCCCCCCCCCCCCCCCUCCUUUUUUUUCAUGUGGUGUAGACAUAUUAGUGUGUGUAUUGAAACUCUAAAUGAGGUCUGAUACAAGAAACAUCAGGUUUUCAAAUCACCUUUGUGAAUUAAGACUGAUGUCAUUCCAGUACCCCCAAACUUGUUAUGUAACCUUUAUGUUCCUCAAUUCCAUUUGCUAUGAAGUGUAAGAAUUCCUGCAAUUUUCAAGUUUAAUGCCAAUUUGAAUGUUCAAAGUCCCAUUCUCUGGCCUGUUAUGUACAUUGCACGCUAUUAUUUACGUCUUGCCAUAACAUUUUCAGCUGUGACUAGACAAUUUUUUCAAAGAUAUAUUGUAAGUAAUGUUUGUUUUGUUUGCUGUUCAGAAUAUGAACUUUGACUUGUAUGAUCUCUUGCUGAAAAUGUGUUUUGAUAAUCAUGAGACAAUUGGUAUACUGUAUAUGCAUAGUAUUAAUAGAAAAAAAAUGUUUCUAAGAGAUAUGGUGUUACAGAUAGAACUUUAUCUGUGCAAGUAAAUGUUUUCUUUUGCCCUGAAAUGUGUCUUCAUAAUUUUAAUGUGAUGAUUAAAGUAUUUAGUGGAAAAAUUUUGUUUCUAAGAUACAAUGUAUAUUGUGUUGGAAGUAAAAUUGUAUCUGGAAGUAAAUGUUACAUCAUGUUAAAAUAUAUGAGUGGAUUGAGAUGAAAAUAUGUUUUGAUGAUCUUUGAUAAUGAGGAAAUUGGCAUACAUGUUUAGCUAUUUAAAAAAAUGUGUUCAUUUUAUAUAUAUCAAUGGUGAUUCAUGUUUUAUUCAAAAACCUGUACUCAACUCUUAUGAACUAGCUUCAUACUUGGAAAUAUGUUUUGGUAAUCUUUGAUAAUCUUGGAUAAUACAUGGAUUUUUUUUGCUGCUAGAGUGAUACACUGUUUAUUCUUACAAAAAUUGUUAUACCAAUGGCAUAUAAAUUUUAUUGUGGAUAGUACAUGUGCUCACAUACAUUAUCUAUUUUUAAAUUGUGAAUACUUUCUUAGUGUAAAAAUGAUAAUUGUUAAGUAUUCUCUUUAAAGAGAAAUUCCAGUAUUUGCAGUAAACACUGAUUUCAUGAGAAAGUCUCUAAAACAAGGCUUAAUUGUCAGUAUAUCAUCGAGGAUCUAGAUCUGGUACAGUUACAUAAACUGAACUUUGUGAAAUCUUGAAAUCUACGCUGAAAAAUGUUCACACUGAAGAUCACCAACACAGAUAGGCACACGUGGGACAGUGUAUUAUUAUUGCUAAAAUAAAGACCCGACGGAAGUGACCGAAUCCGCGCUUAUUUUGCUUAUUUCUCAGCAAUUACACAAUUUCUUCCAGAAUCCUUUGGCACAUAUUUUUUAUUCAUACAAACAGACACUUGGGUGGUCUUUAUAUUAGAUUCUGUAAAAAGUCAUUUUUAGAUCGUUACCAAAACUGGAAUUUAUCUUUAAAUAUGUAGUAAGUUUGACCCUUCAGAGAUCUUAUUUACAUGUAAAUGUUAAUUUAUUAUUUUUUAAACAUUCUUUUGAUGUUAAAACUAGGUAACAAACGAUCAUUGCUUUGUCUUUUUAAUGUUAAAUGAUGUUCAAAAGUCAAUAUGAAAUGUCAAACUAUAAAGUAUCUUUCUUGAUUUGAUAUACAUUUAUGCAUGGCAUGCAUUUGAUAUCACGUAAUUCUUCCACAAGUUCAGUACUUUAUCAUUUUAUAUGUAUAUGAGAUUGUUAUGUAUAAUAAUUAAUUAUUCAUGUAUGUAUGUGUACCACUGGUUGUAAGCUACUGUACACGUACAUGUAUAUUCAAAAGAGCAGUGUUAUACUGUAUGGUCUUAGUGGUUUUCUGGUGUCUGGUCAUAUUUGGCCAAGAGAGGGAGCUAUUUAAUAUCCAAUUCAGUACCAUACGAUAUGUUUUGAGUCUAGUCAACUCCUAGUAGUAACUGUUACAGUUGUGAAAAAAAGGUAGAAUUUUGUGUGGUUUCAUAGAAAAACAAUGAGAAUAGAAGGCCUGUAUCACAGUAAUACCUCAGUCUCAUUUUCGCUGUACGACGAGUGGAAAAUAGCCGUUUUAUCUAAUUAUAUUAUAACCACCACUAUGUAGCUGCUACAAAAAUGUUAAAACGGCUGUUUUUUACUUUUAGGGCAGUCGUAGGGGAAAUGUGACUGAGGUUUUAAAAACCAUAGUUGAGCCCCCCC